AUGAUGAAGCCAGAACCUGCGUCAGCCACGGCGGACAAUGGGUCCUCUGCCGGUAACAGUGGGGGAAGUGGAAGCUCAAGCAUACGUAGCGCCUCGCCACAUCGGAACGCAUAUGAAGCAGGUCUGGCUGCACUAAAGAAGGCCACUGAUCACCUCAACGGAGGCUAUGACGCCACCUCGAAGCCAGCACCGCUACCUCGGCCAAAUGGAAGAGGUCGUAGAUAUGGAUCCAAUGUUCAUCGCAUCAAGAAUAUGUUCAUGCAGAUGCAAUCACCAGGAGAUGAGGAAGAUGUUGCCAAAGUAAUCGGAAACGAGCAGGCCGUCAAACUGUCCCUGCCGAGGGCAUCGAGCCUCAACGAGAACGUCGACCACAGCGCCCUACUCAAACUCGGGGGCACCGUUUCAGAGAGGGUCAAUCGUUUUGACACCAAAACAGAUGGAGAAGGUCCGAGUUCUUCAUCAGGCUUGUCCAAACUACAGGAAACCAGGAGGAUGUUUGAGCAACGGACACUACAGGAGAAACAAGCUGCUACCAACAGGAUUUUGCUGAAGAAGGAGCGAGCUUCUGGCUUUCAGGACAGCCGCCUGGAUGUUGUGGCACGCUUUAAUGGUUCUACGGAGGCUUUGGACUGCUUGGAUGACACUCCUAUUCCUGCUCCUGCUCCUGUUCCUGUCGCUGCAGCUGAUUUUGGCCCUGCUGAGGCUGUCAGCCCCACUGUGAGCCAGCUCAGCGCAGUGUUUGAGAAGGCUGAUCUACAAAACAAUCUCUACCUCCCCAACCGUCGGUCAAGACCUGCCCCAGGGCCAAAGCCAAAACUUCCCGCCAAAGCAGGGCCUGCUAGGAGUCGGGAGAGCACAUUUGUGGGGAAGCAGUUGGACAAGGAUGUGACUUCGGGGACGGUGAACAGCCUGGCGGCAGAGGCAGAGGUGACGGAUCCAGUCCCACUGUGUGACAUUGGUGAAGAGGGUGUAAGCGAGGAGGAUAGACUUAGACAUUCAGGAGAUCAGCACGCCAACACAGAAGCUGCGUCAACCUCUUCCCAUACAGAGGACAAACCAGUUUCAGAAUCCCAGGUUGGCUUGACGGAAGACAGGGGCUCUAGUACCUCGGCUAUAUCUGGUCAGGAGCCACUACCUGUGGAGCAGGAUUGUAGUAGGGGGGAUAUUGAGGCUGGAGCCAGGUUGGUUCAAGCUGAUGUACACGUUUCACUUGAAAAUGGGCAAAAAGAGCCACCGGCUUUUAAAGUUACUGACUCUGAAAGGCCGGGCGAUGAAGUGGAAGAUGAUGACGAUGGCUCGAGAAAGGAGGAUUACUCCGAGGGUGAUCUUGUGGACGUGAGUGCAUACAGCGGCAUUGGUGAGGACGACUCCGGAGGAAGCCAGCUGGAUGAUGAUGACGAUGAGGAAGACGAGGAAGCAUAUCAGCCUGAAAGCAGUUGCACAGAAAUUGAGGGUCUUCCCGCAGAGGAGGAGCCUGUGCCCAGCAAUAGGAAGAUUCGAUUUAGCACUGAGCCCAUCAAGGUAUUCGCCACCUACUGUAAUGAAGACUACGAUCGGCGUAAUGAUGACGUGGACCCCAUGGCAGCGUCGGCUGAGUAUGAGCUGGAGAAGAGAGUUGAGAAGCUGGAUCUGUUUCCUGUUGAGCUACAGAAGGAUAACGACGGCCUGGGAAUAAGUAUCAUAGGAAUGGGUGCAGGAGCUGAUAUGGGUCUGGAGAAACUGGGCAUCUUUGUCAAAACAGUUACUGAGGGUGGAGCUGCGCAGCGAGAUGGCAGGAUACAAGUGAACGAUCUAAUCGUUGAAGUUGAUGGGACCAGCUUGGUUGGUGUGACUCAAAGCUUUGCUGCUUCCGUCCUACGUAACACUUCAGGCACUGUCAAGUUUGUGAUUGGUCGGGAAAAGCCGGGGGAGCAGAGUGAAGUAGCUCAGCUGAUUCAGCAAACUCUGGAACAGGAGAAGUGGCAGCGAGAGAUGAUGGAGCAACGAUACAAGCAGUACAUGGAUGAUGAUGAGGAGACAGGUGAAUAUGCGACUGAUGAGGAUGAGGAGGUGAGCCCCAUGUUUCCGAACUCUAUUGAGGUUUUUGACCUGGCUGAGCACCAAGACACGUUGUCGCCUGUGGAGCUGGACCCGGAGAAGUUGACCCACAAAUUCAAAGAGCUUCAAAUCAAACACGCAGUAACUCAAGCGGAGAUUCAGCUCCUGAAGAGGAAGUUGGCUCACGCAGAGCAGGAUAAAUUACGUUGGCGAAUGGAGCGUGCUCAGCUGGAACAAAGCAUCCGAGACAGUAAAGAAAGGAUGGAGAAACUGGAGAGUUACUGGAUGGAGGCCCAGUCGCUGUGUAAGGCAGUGGAUGAACACUUGAAGGAAACCCAGGCUCAAUACCAAACCUUGGAGCGGAAGUACAGCAAAGCCAAGAGGAUGAUCAAGGAAUAUCAGCAGAAGGAACUUGAGUACCUGAAGAAGGAGGCAGCUCACCGUCAAGCAGGGGAGGACAGCGAGGCCUCACACAAAGAAGAGGCCGACAACUUGCAAGAAAAGAUUACGGACCUAGAGACCCAAGUGGAUGCUCUGAAGCCCUCCAACCCCUCCUAG